CGAUAAUUUAAAUAACUGCGUAACAUCGUUUGCAGUUUCCCGGUGCCAACAAUUUCUCACGAUGGCUCUUAUGCAGAUCCACUUUACUUCGCAGUUCAUAAAUAUCUGCGUGACAAAUUUAGGGAUUGUACGACCACUGAGUGAUGGUUCAAGAGAAAACCGGCUUAAGCAAAGUUGAGUUUUUCGUUUCCGGAGUCAUCAGUGGCUUUGUUGCUAGAGCUACAGUGCAACCACUUGAUGUUUUAAAAACACGUUUUCAGCUACAAAUGGAGCCCAUUAAAGUUUCCACUGCAAGCAAGUAUCAAGGUCUUAUGCAAGCCGUCAAGUGUAUUUAUAGAGAAGAAGGUGUCUCAGCCUUUUGGAAAGGUCAUCUCUCCGCACAAAUGCAAUCAGUGAUGUUCACGAGUACUCAAUUUCUCUCUUUUGAAGUAUUGUCAUCGUGGCUGCAAGAAAUCAACAGUGUUACUAUAUCGAAUGACAAAACUUCGAGUUUGUCUGUGACUUACAAACAUGUAAGUAAUUUUGUAUGCGGUUGUGGAGCGGGAGCUGUAGCAACUGCUUUUAGUCAGCCCUUUGAUCUUUUGCGCACUCGUUUCAUAGCUCAAGGAGAACCGAAAAUAUAUAAAAGUCUUUCACAUGCUGCUAUUUGUAUACUAACCCGUGAAGGUCCUCAAGGAUUUUUUCGUGGACUUGUUCCUUCUCUUCUACUACUCACUCCACAAACUGGAAUGCAUUUUGCAAUAUAUCAUGCAUUUAAUCAAAUGGUUGACCUUGUAAGAGACCAUUUAAAUCCUGAUAAGUCAUCACAAGUCCACGGUAUUUCUCAUCCAGUUGGUGCUUUUCAAAGUUUUAUUGCUGGUGGAAUUGCAGGAGUAGGUGCUAAAUGUGUGAUAUAUCCAUUAGACAUGGCCAGAAGUCGUAUGCAAGUACGGGGCUUCGAAGAAGCACGUGCUCAAUUUGGCCAGGUUCCAAAGAUACAAGGCAGCUUGUAUAAGUGUUUAGCUGAAAUAUGGAAAGUUGAAGGUGCUGCAGCAAUUUUCAAAGGCUUGAAAGCUACACUACUUAAAUCUUUUGUUUCUAUAUCUUGUAGAUUUGCAGUAUAUGAACAAGUUUGCAAAGUUCUUUUAUACUACAAUCACUCAUAAUUUUAUUGUUCGUAUUGUGUAUUCUACUUUUUUCUGUCGAUGAUCUGUGCCUUUCAGUUUCCAGCCAGGGUUAUAUGUGUCCUUCCUCCCUUUCUUUUCUCUUUGCUAAUCCAUCUGACUGCCUGUAUCUAACUAACAUUGACUUUUUGCAUUGUGCAUACAUUCACGGACUGUUUGACUGUUGUUCAUAAGUCCAGAGGGAAGUGAAGACCCCUUAGUAAACAGCUGAAAUUGGUCUGACUCAGGAUCACUCGCAACUUCAAAGAUGCGUCAGUUAAAAUCCAGAUAACAGACAUUUUUCCAAAACUUUUGUUAUUGUUUUUACAUUUCAUUAAUGGUAAUAAUAUUAAUAUCAGCUAUUUUUCGA